AUGUCGAUUAUACUUGCACUUAAUGCUGGCAGUUCAAGUCUAAAAUACAAAAUCUACAUUCAUCAAAAUGGCCAUGACAAUAGCAAAAACAAAUUAAUACUCUUAUCCAAAGGCCAAGUAACCGAAAUCGGGCUCGGCAAUUCAAAAAAUAAUUGUCAAUUUUCAGCAAAGUUAUAUUCAUCUUCCACACUUGAACAAAUUGAUCAAUAUUCACAAAAUAUCGAGGCAUCAACCCACGAAAUAGCAUUCACUCAUGUUCUUUCAUAUUUACUCGAUAAAGUAAACCAUUUGAAUAAACGCGAAGAUAUAGGAUUCAUUGCACAUCGAGUUGUCCACGGGGCUACAGAAGAAAAACCGAUGAUAAUUUCUUCGUCUUCAUCUUCUCUCGAGCAAGCAUUAAAAAAGCUUGAUUCUCUAUCCGAACUCGCCCCAUUACAUAAUCACACAAGUGUUUUAAUAAUUCGCGCUUGUUUGAAUUCACUUCCUGCUGCAAAAAAUUAUAUAUUUUUCGAUACGAUUUUUCAUCGUACAUUGCCAAAAGAAGUUUACACUUAUGCUUUGCCAUAUGAGGAAUGUCGAUCAAAACGAAUUCGAAAGUAUGGAUUUCAUGGAAUAAGCCAUUCUUAUGUUACUCAACGUGCAAGUGAAUAUUUAGGUGUGGACUGGAAAAAUGAAGAAGAAGCAAGAUUUAUAAGUUUACAUCUAGGGAGUGGUGCGAGUGUAUGCGCUGUUAGAGGCGGAGAGAGUAUUAACACUAGCAUGGGAUUAACACCAUUAGAAGGAUUGCCAGGUACAACGCGCUCUGGAACGGUAGAUCCAUGUGCAAUAUUUCAUCUCUCUAAUUUAGCAAAAUCGGGGGCCGAAUCACGUCACCCAAUAGAUAGAAAAUUUCAUUUAACCGAGGCAGAAUCGAUUCUAAAUCAUAAAUCUGGAUUUAAAGGAAUUUGUGGAACGUCUAAUUUCGCUGAAAUAACAAAGAUUAUAAAAGAUAAAGGAAGUGGUAACGAACAAUUUGAACGAGCGAAAUUAACAUUCGAUCUAUUCAUCGAUCGAAUUUUACAUUUCAUUGGAGCGUAUUAUGUAACCCUUGAGGGGAAAGUCGCAGCACUGUUAUUUACCGGUGGAAUUGGAGAGCAUUCUUGGGAGAUUCGUGAAACCAUAUGUGAAAGAUUAAAAUGUUUGGGUGUUGUUGAAUUGGACAAAAAAAAGAAUCAAAAUGCAGAUAAAGAGUUUACUA